CUGCUGGAGGAGAGGAGGAUCAACAUUCACCUCCUCCUGCUGGAGGAGAGGAGGACCAACAAUCACCUCCUCCUGUUGGAGGAGAAGAGGACCAAUAUUCACCUCCAACAGCUGGAGGAGAUGAGGACCAACAUCCAUCUCCUCCUGCUGAAGGAGAGGUGGAGGAACCUUCAUCUGUGCCAGCUGGUGAUGAAGAUCCAGCAGAACGAUCUGACGGCCUGAAGGAGAAGGAACCUGAUACGACGGUUGAAUCUCCGGGCGCUGAGAAGGCGGAGCUUGAUGAGAUCCUUCCUGCUGACGAGGCAAAAGCAUCUCCAGAUGAAGCAGCUCCGUCUGAAAAGAUGCCGAUCCCCUCUGUGGUGAUCGAGCCUGCCUCCAGCAACGAAGGCGACGAUGACCGUGACGCUGACAUCAUCUCCCCCACCGCCAUCAGUGAUAACGGCGUGACAGCUGGAGACCAGCCUGUCAAACACAUGAGUCCUUCUGGUGGAGUGUCGGGACUCCCUGAUGACUUUCUUUACAAGGUGGAGACGAUGCACGACUUUGAGGCUGCAAACUCAGACGAGCUUGAACUGAAGAGAGGCGAUGUGGUGUUGGUGGUUCCCACUGCGUCAGUGGAGGAUCAGGAUGCCGGCUGGCUCACAGGGGUCAAAGAAAGUGACUGGCUGACGCUCGGAGCCGGCGCACACAAAGGACUUUUCCCAGAAAACUUUACUCAGCGUUUGGAGUGAGAAGUCUCGUUAGCCGGCGGAAAGAAAUGAGCAGAAGUUUAAGACGUCGUCAUCCAAGCUGACCGUCAGCAUGUAGCCAACCUCUGAAACAACCUGACAACCUGCUGCGGCCGUCUGCUGGACGACGCCAGGCUUCCUCUGGUAGACCAAACUCUACAAUCUACUGACAGUAAAAAAAAGUAGUACCAUUCCCAGCAAAAGUGGAAUUAAUAAGCAUGAUGUGAUAGUAUGGUCUACCCUUCUCUGGAAUUGAAAUGUUUUUUUGUUUGUUGUUGUUGAAAGAAAAAAAAAGAAGUGUGAUGUAUUUAUUGGGAAUGUUGCAAUCUCUACAUGUUCACGCCUACGAAAAGCAGGAAAAUUGUUUGUGAAGAAAAAAGAACUAUUCCUUCUUUGCACCGUGUGUUGUACUGAUUUCGUUGUUCUGCUGUGGAAUAUAUCAGACUCUGUAGUGCUGUGAUUCAUUGAAAUAUGAACCAUGAAA